AUGCACCGGGCGCGCGGCGGCGGCAGCAUGAGCCUGCUGCCGCUGGUGCCCGGCCGCCCGGCGACAGGCACAUCCCGAAAGGCCAUCGAUAUGAGCAAAUACCAGACGCUGUCAGAGGACCAGAAACAGCGCAUCGCGCUCGUGCUGGCGCAGCGUGAGAAGCUGGAGGCAGCUGUGGCGGCCCCGGGGGAGCUGGGCACCGAGGCGGUGGAGGAGUUUAUGUCCAUCAGCGACGGCCAGUUGGUACUCGAGGCGCCCCCGCCAUCGCUGUCGCCGUCGUCGCCGCCUGCGGACGGCCCCGGCCCCUACCGCGCGAACCCGAAGCUGUCCAUCACGCGCAUCGGCUCGAGGGCGUACCCCAAGGUCCUGGAGGAGCUGGCCCCCCAGAUCAGGCUGCAGCUGGCGCAGGCGGAGGACGCGCGGCGGUUCGCGCUGGAGGCAAACAACGACCCCUUGCUGCAGCG